AUGCACGAUCAUAUUAUGUUCAGAAUAAAGGAUCUUAUUGUAUGGAAGCGUUUUUAUGUAUUCCAGGCGACAGCACGCGCGGCGACGCGAACCCUUGUGAUGGUGGUUUUGUGCUACCUAAUUAGUAACAUUAUCAGCGUAGUACUAACAAUAUGGGAACAUUUGGAUAGAGAUAUGCUUAUGGAAUAUGUCAACUUCUACGCGAUUGCAAUAGAUCUUGUUUCGCUACUCACAACUUCUGCUUGCGCCUGUCGUCUGCCCAUAUAUCUUACCUGCCAAACUUCUUUGAGACAAGAAAUUAAAGAGGUUCUCACUUCGAUGUGCUGUUGCAGAAAUGGAACGGUCGAAGACAGCGAAUACUUAGUAUACAAACUGCCAUCUGGAGCCUUGAUCAAUGGACGAGAAUUAGAGACGAGAUCAGCGCUGCAAUCAACUGUGCUGGCAUCGGCAGACAAUGUGAAAAUUUGUAUUUCGAGCGCCUACGAAACACUGUUAUGA